AUGUUGAAAUGUGAUGAAAGCGGUGCAGUACAUGCUCGAAUUCGAAGGCAAGUGAAAUGGUCAUCAAAACCCGCACCAAGGCAACAGCGUUUUCUAAGAGCACCACCACCUGUGCCUCAAAGGACCUAUGAUGAUUUUGACCAAUGGACAGUUGUUCUUGGGCAGGAUACUAUCAUUCCUAAGAUAAUAUUUGAUAAAUCAUGCAAGCGUAUUCAUCGUUAUUGCACUGAAACUGGCAGAAAAAUGAUGGGCUUCCAGGGACCACGGGGACCAGUAGGACCGCAAGGAAUUGCUGGACCUCCAGGUCGAUGUAAUUGCUCGUUUCCGGAUCUUUAUGUACAACAAGUGACUGUGCCCGGACCGCCCGUUAUACGAAUUCAUGAAAAACCCGUACCGGUGCCUGUGGUGGUAGUCAAGGAAAUUGAGGUGACAAAGUUGGUAACAUUCGAGCCGACAGCACCUGGUUUUGGUCCACCACCGGAUUGGAUUCCUGGUGUUGGUACACCGGAUUUGGCGAGGACACAAAUAUUACCAAAAUUCACUACCGCAAAAAUUGAACCAGUGGUAGUAUCAACUGUGCCAGCACUAAGCGAAGCAGGUCAAUUAAUCGAAACAUCUUAA